AAGCGAAAUUAUAAGAUCUCUGGUGUAAGGCAACCGGAGAAGACUUCUUCGGCUUUCAUUUUCGACGGUCUGUCAGUGUGGAUCCAUUUUCGUUUUCUUGUUCUUUUUCUUUUUCUUCUCCGAAAUCCUCUCUCUCUGCUACUACUCCAAAAUCCUAGAGAGAGAGAGAUAGAUACAGCACAAUGCGAGGACUCUUCGUCUUCAUCAUCGUGAUCUCACUCAUUCCUUUCCUCUGCAACUCCUUCUCCCCCGAAAACCCUACCGGUCGACGCCUCCUGGUUCUGCUCGAUGACUUCUCUCUUAAGUCAACCCACUCCAUCUUCUUCAACUCUCUCAAAUCUCGUGGAUUCGAACUCGAUUUCAAGCUUGCCGAUGACCCCAAGCUCGCUCUCCAACGCUACGGCCAGUACAUAUACGACGGUCUCGUUCUCUUCUCCCCCUCCACCGAAAGUUUUGGAGGCAGUUUGAAUUUGGAGGCUGUGCUCGAUUUCGUUGACUCUGGUCACGACUUGAUCUUGGCUGCCGAUGCUUCUUCUUCCGAUUUGUUUCGCAACGUGGCUACAGAAUUUGGAGUUGAUUUUGAUGAGGAUUCAUCUGCUAUGGUGAUUGAUCACACUCACUAUGCAGUGUCAGAGACUGAAGGGGAUCAUACAUUGAUUGCCAGCGAUAGUUUCAUUCAGUCUGAUGUUAUUCUUGGAAAGACUAAGAUUGAGGCACCAGUACUUUUCAGAGGAGUUGCACAUUCAGUUAAUUCUGCCAAUAGCUUGGUUCUGAAUGUUCUCUCUGCUUCUCUGGCCGCGUACUCUUUGAACCCAAAUUCAAAGUCGUCGCAAACUCCAUCACUCACUGGAUCUGCUAUUUCACUUGUAUCUGUUGUGCAAGCUAGAAACAAUGCUCGGAUUAUUAUAUCAGGAUCUUUAGAUAUAUUCAGUAACCGGCUUUUCUCAUCAGCCGUGCAGAAGGCUGGAAGUUCACACAAAUAUGAGAAAUCAGGCAAUGAACAGUUUGUGACUGAACUUAGCAAAUGGGUCUUCCAUGAAAGGGGUCAUUUGAAGGCUGUCAACAUUAAGCACCACAAAGUUGAAGAAACAGAUGAACCUGCAAUAUAUAGGAUCAAAGAUGACCUGAACUUUUCGGUUGAGAUCUACGAGUGGACUGGAAAGAGCUGGGUUCCAUAUGUGGCUGACGAUGUUCAGGUUCAGUUCUUUCUGAUGAGCCCUUAUGUGUUGAAAACUCUAGCGACUGACCAGAAGGGACUGUACUACACAUCAUUCAAGGUGCCUGAUAUCUAUGGGGUGUUCCAGUUUAAGGUUGAAUAUCAGAGGCUUGGAUACUCAACCUUAUCCCUUUCGAAACAGAUUCCUGUACGGCCUUUCAAUCACAAUGAAUAUGAGCGAUUUAUAACCACUGCUUUUCCCUACUACGGAGCUUCAUUCACCACAAUGAUUGGGUUCUUCAUCUUUACCUUCGUCUUCUUGUACAAUAGUAAGUAAACCUCAAAGAUUACAGAGACCAUUAAACUGGCUCAAGGAUAGUUCUUAAGACAUUAGAGAGAGACAUGACAUGGGUCUCCUAGAAUAGCUUUUUUGGAAAAUUUUGAGGGACAAUACUCUUUCUUCUCCGCUGUGAUAUUGUUUGAAGGGUAAUUGAUGUCGCACCAUAAUUUGACAUGUAUCUAAUUUUGAGUUACAGCUCUUUUAUUUAAUUAUAAUCACUUACUAUUCACUA